CGGCCAGGGACCGAACGGUCUUCCCGUCCAGCGUCCUUAGCUGCCCCCGAUCCCAGUACCCGCAGUCUCAUUUGCCACCUUCCGACGCGUGACCCCGGCGCGCUCGCGUCCCGGGCUGGUGACAGGCGCGGGGUACGCCGAGAGGUCCCAUGUGCCCCCUCCCUUUCCUGGCCGCCGCAGUCGCCGCGUCCCGAACCCCACUCCGGCUCCUCGGCAGAGGACUCGCCGCCAUGUCUGCCGCCAGGCGACUCAAAUCCGUGGACUACGAGGUGUUCGGGAGAGUGCAGGGUGUUUGCUUCAGAAUGUACACAGAAGAUGAGGCUAGGAAAAUAGGAGUGGUUGGCUGGGUGAAGAAUACCAGCAAAGGGACUGUGACAGGCCAAGUGCAAGGCCCCGAAGAGAAAGUCAACUCCAUGAUGUCCUGGCUGAGCAAGGUUGGAAGUCCUAGUUCUCGCAUUGACCGCACAAACUUUUCUAAUGAAAAAACCAUCUCUCAACUUGACUACUCAAAUUUUAGUAUUCGAUACUAACAGAAGAGAAAUAAAAAUUUUAAUGGUUAUAUUACACAACAAACACCAUAUAUUCUCAAGUCUAUGUACUAGAAUAAUAGUAGCAGAGUAGGGUAAAAAAAGAACUUUCUGUUCUGCAAGCUACAACAGAAUAUAUGUUACUAAAAAGGUCUGACACUAAAAUAGUUUUACUCGACUAUGUUUUUAAGAUGCAAAAACAUAGUAUUGUAAAGGUCAUUACAAAAUAUUUAAUAUGAAUAUUUAAACUUGUGGAAUCUUUAAUGAAUAUUAUAGCAAGCGUUAUUUGGCUAGGUAUAAAAUAAAGCUUAACCAUUUAAAAAUUAAGCAUUGUUAUCUGAAUUCUAAAAACCUCCUGAAUAAUAAUUUAUUAAAUUUGAGUCAUUUGUUUAACAAGAACCAGUAGUUAGAUAUAAAUGUAUAUGAUGAUCAGUAUAACCACAAAAUAAUAUCAAUAAAGAAUUUUUUAAAUUCUGGUUGAGACAUUCAAUAUUUUGGUUGGAGCAACCUAAUGCCAUCUAUGACCUUUAUUGUUCUGUGUAGUGAGCAGGUGAGUGAUGGUAACUGUUAAGAACCCACAAUUUCACUACUAUAAACAGCAAGAUUUAUGUCAACAACUAUGUACAAUGGUUUGUCCUAUUAACCAGAAAAGGAACUGACAGUCCAAGUAAAUCAUACUAUCCCUUGAACUUGACUUAUCAUUUAGGGAUUUUCACAUGUAAAUGGUAAUUAAGCAACAGGAUAUUUUAAGGAGAAGGUUCAUUUCUAUGCCAUAGAAUUAUUGAAAAAAGAUCUUUAACUCAAAAUACUAGGGGACUUCAAAUGUUGUAGGCAUAUACAUGUGUAUGUCCUUCAGUGAUCUCCUAAUUUUUGUACCAAUGGAAUCCUUCAUUAAAACAAAAUUUUACAUGGAAUUUAAUACCUAAAGUAAGUAAAAAAGCCCACUAGUAUGACUGAAAUGGGCAUGGAGGUCCUUGGAGCCCUGCAUGCUUGGUCUCACUUUGCCUCCUGCAUCUUGUCUGCCUUGGACAAUUUCACAUCCCCUAGGAAUCCACGUUAGAAACUACCAU